AUGGUGCUGGGCAGCUUGAGUCGACUCAGCCAACCACCAAGACAGGUUUGGCGCAGAGGCAGUCAAGGAUUUGGCAACCAGCGACGUGCGGCCAAAGCUGUUGCCGCCGUUUUCCACGAGGUUGGCAAGCCUUUCGAACUUCAGGAGGUCCCCCUUCCUGAGAAGCUGAAUGAAGGCGAGCUUCUGGUGCGGAUGGAGGUUGCAACGAUUUGCGGCAGCGAUCUGCACACCGUCAGUGGCAAGAGACAAGAGCCAAUGCCGCUGGUCUUGGGCCACGAAGGUGUGGGGGUCAUCGAGAGAAUUGGUAGUGACAUUUUCAGUGGCAGCCGUCCAAGGCACCGUGGCUGGAAGUUGCAGGAAGGUGACAGGGUUACCUUCAGCGUCGCGGACUCCUGCGGCGUAUGCCCAGAGUGCACCUUGCACAAGUUGCCGCAGAAGUGCGUUUCUUUGAUGAAGUAUGGGCACGCACGCAUGUCGGAGGGAACUGGCCUGAACGGCACGUACGCAACGCAUGUCCUGCUGCGCCCAGGGACUCAUGCAGUGAAGGUCCCCGACACAUUGAGCUCGCGGGUGUGUUCUCCGGCGAACUGUGCCCUUGCAACCGUCGUCAAUGCCCUGGACAUGGCCAGGCUUCCGAGGUACGGCUCCAACAAGAGUGCCGUCGUACAAGGUGUGGGGCUUCUCGGCAUCUACGCCGUUGCGUGGUUGAAGAAGCGCGUGGGCAUGGACAGUGUCUUCUGCCUCGACACGCAGCCGGAACGCCUGAAAACGGCUGUGCAGUUCGGCGGCAUUCCUCUACUGGUCUCAGGUGGAGAGGAGGAGUUCUGGGAGCGGCAGCGCUCCAUACGUGAACGGUACCCGCACGGAGUCGAUGUCGCUGUCGAGAUGACUGGGGCCAAAGGUGUAAUCCACGAGGGUGUGCAGCUGCUUCGCAACGGCGGGCAUUAUUCGUUUGCAGGUAUGGUACACCCUGAUUCUCAGCUUUCUGCGCUGACUGGGGAGACCAUCAUUAAGAAGUGCCUCACCAUCCGCGGCGUGCACAACUACACCCCGUGGAACCUCGAAGAAGCGGUCAAGUUUUUGAAUGAGUACCGUGAGGAGCUUCCAUUAGAAUCUGUUCUGUCGCCCUCGAGCUACGCCCUGUCGCAGAUCAACGACGCCUUUGCUGAGGCUUUCUCGGGCUCCUACUGCCGCGUGGUGGUAAACUGCCAAGACAUCUAA